UUAUUAUCCUUAUCUGUAAAGCGUGGUACAGUUUUAUAUUGUACACAAAUUUAUGCAACUUACAUUAUCGAUAUCAUUUGACUUUUCGUUGCAGAUCUUUCGUAGUAGUUACUAGCAACCGGAAAGUAAUGGCUGAUGAAGAAUUCGAUCACGACGAUGGUGGGGCAGAUGAUUUUGAUGAAGUUGAAGAUGAUGCUGAUUUAGAUGAAUUAGAUCAACCUGAAGAAAAUGAAGAUAAUAUUGAUAUAUUACCUGUUCAAGAAGCUCAAAGUCAAGUUCAAAAAUCUAAACGUAUUACUACAAAGUAUAUGACAAAGUAUGAAAGAGCUCGAGUAUUAGGUACUAGAGCUUUACAGAUAGCAAUGUGUGCUCCUGUUAUGGUAGAACUUGAAGGUGAAACAGAUCCAUUACAAAUAGCAAUGAAGGAAUUGAAAAAACGUAAGAUACCUAUUAUAAUCAGAAGAUAUUUGCCUGACAACAGCUAUGAAGAUUGGGGAAUUGAUGAACUUAUAAUUGUAGACCAAUAAAAAUGUAUGAAUAUAGAUUCAAAUAUGUGUAAUUAUUUAACUUUUAAUAAUCUUUUUACUGAGUAAUAAAACUGAUCUCUGGGUCAAAAUGGUUUCAAAUUAUAA